UUACAUCAACAAUUUGAAAUGUAUAAGGAGCAGGUGAAGAAGAUGGGAGAGGAAUCACAGCAGCAGCAAGAGCAGAAGGGUGAUGCCCCAACUUGUGGUAUCUGCCACAAAACAAAAUUUGCCGAUGGCUGUGGCCAUAACUGUUCAUAUUGCCAAACUAAAUUCUGUGCGCGAUGUGGAGGAAGAGUGUCUUUACGCUCAAAUAAGGAGGAUAAAGUGGUAAUGUGGGUAUGUAACUUGUGCCGAAAACAACAAGAAAUCCUCACAAAAUCAGGAGCCUGGUUCUAUAACAGUGGAUCAAACACACCACAGCAGCCUGACCAAGAAGGUAUUAGAGGGCUGCGAAACGAGGAAGCACCUCAAGAGAAAAAAGCAAAACUUCAGGAGCAAUCCCAGUACCAAGGACCCUCAGGUGACAUAUCCACAGCAGCUUUGGACAGAAACAGAUCUCAAGGGCUCAUGAGACAAGAAUCAAUCAAAAAUGGUUCAGAAGUAAAGCACCAGGUUGUGAGUGACACGACUUUAGACAGGAAAAGAAGCCCGUCGAUAUCAAGAGAUCAGAACAGAAGAUACGACCAAAGGGACGAGAGGGACGAAUAUUCACAGCAUGCAACAUCAGACAGUGCAAUGCCAAGGUCACCAUCAGAUUAUACAGAUAGGCGAUCACAACGUGGGCCUCAGCUAUAUGAAGAACCGGAACAUGGUGACUACAGAGAUCCCAACAGAAGAAUUCGCAGACGUUCCAAAGAGUACCCUGUAGAAGAUGAUGAUGUGCAUAACAGGGAGGAAUAUGAAAGGCAGAGGCGGGAAGAGGAAUAUCAGGCACGAUACCGAAGUGAUCCUAAUUUGGCUCGUUAUCCAGUCAAACCACAACCAUAUGAGGAACAAAUGCGUAUCCAUGCUGAAGUGUCCCGAGCACGCCAUGAACGAAGACAUAGUGAUGUCUCAUUGGCAAACACUGAAUUGGAAGAUUCCCGGAUAUCUAUGCUGAGGAUGGAACGACCAUCAAGACAAAGAUCUAUAUCUGAGCGCAGGGCUGCCAUGGAAAAUCAGCGUUCAUAUUCUAUGGAAAGAACUCGAGAGGCUCAGGGACCAAGUCCCAAUCGUCAGAGGACCACAAAUCAUAGUCCUCCUACUCCUAGGAGGAGUCCAAUUCCUCUGGAUAGGCCUGAUAUGAGACGCACUGAUUCAUUAAGGAAGCAACACCAUUUGGAUCCUAAUUCUGCUGUACGGAAAACAAAACGUGAAAAAAUGGAAACUAUGUUAAGGAAUGAUUCACUCAGCUCAGACCAAUCUGAAUCUGUUAGGCCUCCACCACCAAAGCCCCAUAAAACAAAAAAGGGAGGUAAAAUGCGUCAGGUUUCAUUGAGCAGCUCAGAAGAAGAGUUGGCUUCUACUCCAGAAUAUACGAGCUGUGAUGAUGUAGAGAUUGAAAGUGAAAGUGUUAGUGAAAAAGGAGACAUGGAUUACAACUGGUUGGACCAUACCUCUUGGCAUAGCAGUGAGGCAUCCCCAAUGUCUUUGCAUCCUGUGACCUGGCAACCAUCCAAAGAUGGAGACCGCCUAAUUGGUCGGAUUUUGUUAAAUAAACGACUCAAAGAUGGAAGUGUGCCUAGGGACUCAGGAGCAAUGCUUGGAUUAAAGGUUGUAGGAGGAAAGAUGACUGAAUCAGGUCGACUGUGUGCAUUUAUUACCAAAGUAAAAAAAGGAAGCUUAGCUGAUACAGUGGGGCACCUUAGACCAGGUGAUGAAGUGUUAGAGUGGAAUGGAAGGCUAUUACAAGGUGCCACCUUUGAGGAGGUGUACAACAUCAUUUUAGAAUCCAAGCCUGAGCCACAAGUGGAGCUUGUAGUUUCAAGGCCAAUUGGGGAUAUUCCCAGAAUACCUGACAGUACACAUGCACAACUGGAGUCCAGUUCUAGCUCAUUUGAAUCUCAAAAAAUGGAUCGACCUUCUAUUUCAGUGACUUCUCCCAUGAGUCCUGGCAUGUUGAGGGAUGUUCCACAGUUCUUGUCUGGACAACUUUCAAGCCAAAGCCUUAGUAGAAGAACAACGCCUUUUGUUCCUAGGGUUCAGAUAAAGCUGUGGUACGACAAGGUUGGUCACCAGUUGAUAGUCACAAUAUUGGGAGCAAAGGAUCUUCCUUCAAGGGAAGAUGGGAGGCCAAGGAAUCCUUAUGUUAAAAUUUACUUUCUUCCAGACAGAAGUGAUAAAAACAAAAGAAGAACAAAAACAGUAAAGAAAACUUUGGAACCCAAAUGGAAUCAAACAUUCAUUUAUUCUCCAGUUCAUCGGAGAGAAUUUCGAGAACGAAUGUUGGAGAUUACACUUUGGGACCAAGCCCGAGUUCGGGAGGAAGAAAGUGAAUUUUUAGGAGAGAUUCUUAUUGAGUUAGAGACAGCAUUGCUAGAUGAUGAACCUCACUGGUACAAACUUCAGACGCAUGAUGUCUCUUCAUUGCCACUUCCACACCCCUCACCAUAUUUGCCACGCAGACAGCUACAUGGGGAGAGCCCCACACGGAGGCUACAAAAUAAAGGCUUUUAUUCAUAUAAUUCAGGGUCCAAAAGAAUAAGUGACAGUGAAGUUUCUGACUAUGACUGUGAUGAUGGAAUUGGUGUAGUUUCAGAUUACCGACAUAAUGGGAGAGACCUUCAGAGUUCAACACUAUCAGUGCCAGAACAAGUGAUGUCAUCUAAUCAUUGCUCUCGGUCAGGGUCCCCUCAUCGUGGAGAUAGUAUAGGACGGACUAGGUCAUGGUCUCCUAGUGUCCCUCCUCCACAAAGUAGGAAUGUGGAACAGGGAACUCGAGGGACACGAUCUACUCCUGCACAUUACAAUACCAUGAACCGAAUGGAUAGACAUCGUGGAUUAGAUGACCACUACUCCCCAGACAGAGAGAGUCACUAUCUCACUCUACCUCGGUCCCGAUAUACUCAGUCCACUGACCACCAACACAGAGAUGCCAGCAAGGAUCAUACUAUAUAUCCUCUCUUUUGUGAAGAUGCAAUCAGAUUACUUCGUUCCCGUAAGAUGUGCCGUACCUAUUCUGAGGGUGCUUACUAUGAUCUUGAGAGGAGGACUAGGCAGGAGAGAAGAGUGCCUAAUACAUAUUAUGACGACACUACUCAUACUCCAGAAAGGUGUUACAAUGGUGCAAGUUCAUGGGCAGAUCAUGUAGUCAAUGGUACAGAUGAAAACUAUGGGAAUUGUGAAGCAGCAGAUAGACAGCCAUAUCAAAGAUCCAGAUCAACAGAACAACGUCCUGUAUUAGAGCGGACCAACUCCCGCUCCCGAUCCACAGAGCGUCCUGACUCAAACCUCAUGAGGUCGAUGCCUUCAUUAAUGACUGGAAGAUCAGCCCCUCCUUCACCUGCCUUAUCGAGGUCACAUCCCCGAACUGGGUCUGUCCAAACAAGCCCAUCAAGCACUCCAGUAGCAGGACGAAGGGGCAGGCAGUUACCCCAGCUCCCACCGAAAGGGACAAUGGAGAGAAAAGAAAAGAAAGCAGAUCCAGAGAAUGGGGAUGCAGGUGCAAUGGAUGCAGAAGAGAGAAAUCGCCAAAUGAAAAUGAGCAAGUACAAACAGGUAGCAGGAUCAGACUCCAGGCUGGAGCAAGAUUAUCAUACCAAGUAUCGGUCAGGACGAGAUCAUCAGCGAGGCUCAGACAACAUUUCCAAUAAAUCUUCAGACAGUGAUGUCAGUGAUGUGUCAGCUGUCUCUAGGACAAGCAGUGCUUCUCGUUUCAGCAGCACAAGUUACAUGUCUGUCCAAUCAGAACGACCAAGAGGAAACAAGAAAAUAAGGUCAAGGGAUAUAGAGGAGAAAAAAGAGGGAGGGCAGGAAGGGGAUGAGCAUGAGGAGGUAUUUCCUGAGGAGGAGGAACAGGAACAGGAACAUGAGGAAAAAGCAAAGGAACAAGAAGUUAAUGAGAAAGGGGAAGGGCAAGAGGUGACAGAAAACUGUGAUAAAGAGGAAAAUAAAGAGUCAAGAGAUGAUGAAAAAAUCCAAGAUGCUGAAACUGAGGAAGGGAAAGAGAAAAAACAGGAUAAAAAAGAGGAUAUACAAAGGCAUUUCUCCCAAGAGGAUGUCAGCAGACAGAUGGGCGCCUCAGGAAAGAACAUGACUAAGAGCACCAGCAUCGGUGGGGACAUGUACACACUAGAGAAGAAUGAUGGCAGCCAGUCUGACACAGCAGUAGGCACUGUGGGCACCGGUGGCAAAAAAAGACGCUCCAGCAUUGGUGCAAAGAUGGUAGCAAUUGUGGGUCUGUCACGAAAAAGCCGCAGCACUUCCCAACUCAGCCAAACUGAAGCAGGUGGGAAGAAACUGCGGAGCACAGUUCAGAGAAGCACAGAAACUGGACUGGCUGUGGAGAUGAGAAACUGGAUGACUCGUCAGGCCAGCCGGGAAUCCACAGAUGGCAGCAUGAAUAGCUACAGCUCUGAAGGAAAUCUGAUUUUCCCUGGUGUGCGAUUGGCUGCAGACAGCCAGUUCAGUGAUUUUCUGGAUGGACUUGGUCCUGCCCAACUUGUAGGACGCCAGACAUUGGCAACACCGUCUAUGGGUGAUAUCCAGGUAGGAAUGAUGGACAAAAAAGGACAGUUGGAGGUAGAAAUAAUACGAGCCCGUGGCCUUGUUGUAAAACCAGGUUCAAAGACACUGCCAGCACCAUACGUAAAGGUGUAUUUAUUAGAAAAUGGAGUCUGCAUAGCCAAAAAGAAAACAAAAGUAGCAAGAAAAACGCUGGAACCUCUUUACCAGCAACUUUUGUCAUUUGAAGAAAGUCCCCAAGGAAAAGUUUUACAGAUAAUUGUUUGGGGAGACUAUGGACGUAUGGAUCACAAAUCUUUUAUGGGAGUGGCACAGAUACUUUUAGACGAACUGGACUUGUCCAAUAUGGUGAUUGGGUGGUUCAAACUCUUCCCCCCUUCCUCCUUAGUAGAUCCAACCUUAGCCCCUCUCACUAGAAGAGCUUCCCAAUCAUCUCUUGAAAGUUCAACAGGACCUUCUUAUGCUCGCUCAUAGCAGCUGUGAAACUGUCAUAGCAACCAGCGUUACAAAAAAAAAUUUACAGGUCGCAAACCCUGGUAACACUGCAUGCUUAAUAUUGUGUCUUCUGAGCCUGUUUCUAGGGCUACAAAGCGAUCCUGUGUUCUCAGAGGAAGUUGCACACAUUGUGCCCUAAAGAAGGCCCUCAGGUGAAGGAGUGGAGCUAUAAAGAACUAAUGGGUUUGGAGUUCAGUGACGCUCAGUUUUGGUCCAAUCUGAAGCCAUGGAUUAAACUAAAAGAAUCAAUCUGUUUCAUGCAACAAAAGUCCCUUUCAAUGGCAUAUCUAUUUUGUUGCUCCCUUUUCUUUAUUUAUCUGCCCCCCCAAGCUUGGUUAUGCCACAGAAAUGGAAUUUACCCUCCCAUGAAGCCAUGUUACAAGUCAGUGGAAUAGUAGACAUGAGAAGAACAGUGGAAGACUGUAAAGCUGCUGGAAAAGAAGAGUCAGCUGCUGUUUGGAACAGUCAUUUAUGACCAGAGCAAACACUUCAUACUAGAAAGGUUCAAGACUUAAAGUGGCAGGCUUCAUAGCUCCCGCUAUUGCUACAGUGAAACCCCAGACGCAAUGGACUCUAAAAAAUAAAAUUCUGUGGAUAUACUGUACUGUAUGAAAUUAAAGAAACUUUUUUGCAUGGACACAGAUUUAGCUGAACACUUAAAUUAUUUUCUUGGGGCUGCAACUUGCAAAAAAAAAAAAAAAAGAAUAAAUCAGCCAUUUUCAACAAUUUAUAUUAUUUUUAAAAAUAAAUUUCACUAGUGCAUGGUUUUAAAGGGGAGAGAAUGCAACAGGGUGAUACAAAGACACACCACGUUUAUCAUUCUUUAAACCAGUCAUGGUCUGUGUUUUUGCAGACGUAUAUUAAAAAUAAAAAAUUAUUUCUAGCAAAUAUUUAAAAUUCUGUUUAUGUGACAAGGAAUAAGUGUAAUAUAUUAAAUUUAUUUAAAUGUAAAAGGUACAAGCCUUGUAAAGUUCAACAUUAUGUGCAAAUUGUACACUUCUUUUCCCUUCUUCUUUCUCUAUCUCUCCUCCCAAACUCCCUUUUCCUUUUGCUUUUUGCCCCCUUCCCGUCUCCCAGGAUUAUCAUAUUCAAAACAGCUACCUUUUGACUUACUAUUCUCUUAUGCCCCAUUAUUGGUUCAGGGUUGCAGAUUAUUCUGCAUUCCUGAAUUCUUUGAGAAAAAUAUUGUUUAAGAACUUACUUUUUUCAGGCAUGUUGAAAAGGAUUUUGCAACAUGGCUUGGGAGUACAUUAAAGUAAUUCAGCAUGUAUUUGAUAAAGAAAAUAUUUGAACUUUUUGCAAUUUAUUGUACAGUGCAUGGUAACUUAUUUUCAUUUUUUCUCACCUUCAAAUUGAAUUCUACAGCAAAAUACUGGAAUCAUGUGGCCAUUGUAAGAUGUCUUCAAUAAAUUUGUUUUCAGCACCAGCAUUGUUCAUUCAAGGGUUGAACGAUCAUUCUUGAAGGUUUUGGAGAGAGAAAAAAAUGAACUGGAAGUCUGAUUUCCAUUAGCUAAAUUUCAACAGUUUCAUUUGCACUUAGACAAAUAAAUUGCUACCUAUUUGGACAUAUAAGAAACAGCAAAGGUUGCUACUACUUAUAAUUCUUCCGCUGUAAAGUUCAAUUUUUCAUGAACGAAUAUUUGUGAUGGCAGAGACAAUUAGGGAUUAUCAGUCUGCCAUAAAAAUGUCAAACUUUCAUUUGUAAUCGUCUUAAAGAAAUUCGAAUAUUAACAAUUGAACAGCUAUUUGACACCAUCACCAAAAGCCCCAGCGCAGAGUCAACAGAUCUCAAAAUACUUGUCUCUAAUGUAACAGGCAGUUACUACCAUUGGGUGGUGCUGCAUGUUCAGAUUUCUCAUUAACUUCUAAUUAAAGGGAAUGUAACUGGCUAAUAUUUAAUGAAAACUGUCCCUCUUUUGGGUCUCUAUAUGCCUUUAAUUCAUACAUAAGGUUUAAUGUUGAAACCUUGCAAUAAUUUCUAAAAUAUACAUAACAUUUAUCUUUAAAUUUAGGCCAUACAUAACAGAAUUCUUCUGAUUUUGUUUCAAAAUCUAUUUUGCCCAUUAGAAAACUGUCUGUGUCUCCUCAGAGCGCAGAAACAUCAAUAGAUAACACUUAAAAUGCCUUUUACGUUUUGGUGCAAUAUGAUGUACAUCAAGACUGUGUCUUGUCAUCCUGAGAUUAUAUAAUGGAUCAACGUUAAGUUAAUGAACAGACUGAUAAAAAAUAUUUAUUGAAAUAAUUUAGAUACUUAUGUACCAGCAACAAAUAGACGUUAAAAAACAUACAGACAAUAUCCCCUAGAUUAAAACAAAAGCUACAUAACCAUUCUGAUACGGUGAGAUGGUCACACAUUCUUGUAUGCAUAUUCCUAUAUAAAUUAUUUCUAACUUUUAAAAUGAAGGAUGUGACCAUACAGAAGGUUUGUACAUACUUGUCAUUAUGCAGUAUUUAUUUUAAAAAUUAAUGUAAUUUUUUUUAAUUUUCAGGUCUGCAUCUCUACUUAUGAUUUAGUCAUGUAAAUAGCACUAUUCCAGUGAUCACUGCUGUCUUGUACAUAGUACGUUUUAAAAGCUAAAAGGAAUUACAGUUGGGGGGGAAAAAUGGCAGAUUAGGCCUGUAAUGAACACUAACUAAUGUAAAUCAAAUUCAUUCUGGUGAUGGUAUUUAACACUUUAAAUAAAACAUUUUCUUUACAGAA